AUGGAGUUCAGGGAUUCUGAGACCCCCGAGGACGGGGAUUCAGAGGAGGACACCGCCACAGCCCUACAGAGGCUGGUGGAGCUGACGGCCACCAGGGUGACUCCUCUGCGGAGCCUGAGCACCCAGUACCGCCUCAUCCGGAAGCUGGGCUCGGGCUGCUAUGGGCGCGUGCUCCUGGCAAGGCCUCGCCUCGGGGGUCCCCUGGUGGCCCUGAAGCUGCUGCGGAGGGACAUGGUGCUCAGGACAAGCUUCUUGCGGGAGUUCUGCGUGGGCCGUUGUGUCUCUUCACACCCAGGCCUGCUGCGCACCUUCGCCGGGCCCCUGCAGACACCCCAACAUUUCGCCUUCAGCCAGGAGUAUGCACCCUGUGGAGACCUCAGCGGGAUGCUCCAGGAGAGGGGCCUCCCGGAGCUGUUGGUGAAGCGGGUGGCAGCCCAGCUGGCCGGAGCCCUGGACUUCCUCCAUGGUCGGGGGCUGGUCCACGCAGAUGUCAAGCCGGACAAUGUGCUGGUGUUUGACUCUAGCUGCAACCGUGUGGCCCUGGGUGACCUGGGCCUGACCCGGCCCGAGGGCAGCCCAACACCUGCCCCAACGGUGCCCCUGCCCACUGCACCACCUGAGCUCUGCCUGCUACUGCCACCUGACACCCUGCCUCUGCGGCCAGCCCUGGACUCCUGGGGCCUUGGGGUGCUGCUCUUUUGUACAGCCACCGCCUGCUUCCCCUGGGAUGUGGCCCUGGCCCCUGACCCUGAGUUUGAGGCCUUUGUUGGCUGGGCAGCUGCCAGGCCCCGGCCUCCUCGACCCCCACCGCCUUGGGACCAGUUUGCGCCACCAGCUCUAACCCUAUUCCGGGGGCUUCUGGACCUGGAUCCAGAGACGAGGAGCCCACCAUUGGCUGUCCUGGAUGCCCUGGGGGACGACUGGGGGCUGGACGGAGACAGGGAGGAAGUCAGCGGCCCAGGGGCUGUGUGCUGUGAGGAUGAGGAGGAAGAGGAAGGAGAGGGGGGAUCCAGCUUGGAGGAAUGGACAGACAAGGAAGAGGAGGAGAAAGGAGGA